GCGAAUCGAGUAAACAGAGGCGACGCCGGCGUUUGUCGAUGUAUAAAUAGCUGGCACUCGACUUGCCAUUGAAAUAGUCACUGCAAAAUGGGCUUGGGUAGAACUUGUUUGAUAUUGAGGCUAAUUGGCAGCGUCGCCUGCUUGGCUAGCGCCAUGCCCCAAGGAGGGGAUGCCGAGGAGCAAAAGCUUAUCCACAGCGCGGGCAGCACUUACCUCUCCAAUGGCGCGGGACAAAUCAUAAAGGGACCCAAUGGCAAGACCAUUCUGAUUGGUUCCGAUGGCCGUCAGAUAGUGGCCGAUGCCUCCGGCUCCGACGAGGAUGUCUCCUUGGAUGAUGGAACCAGCGGCAACAACGUCAUCAUCAAUGGCGGUCAGUCCAGCAUCAUCACGAGCAAUGGCAGAACCCAUCAGUACGCCACCGGCAACAUCAACUACAGCACCCACAAUGGCCACUCGGUGACUGUGGUCAAUGGCGUCAUCACGCUGACGGAGGGCGGCAAACAGUACCGUUUCGAGGCAAAACCUGCGGGUGUGGAGAAGCGCGAAACGAUCGACAUCAAUGGCAAGCCGGCAACGGUGCAGUACUCCAACGGGGAUGUCAUUGUCGAGCUGGCCGAUCAAACGGUCAUUGCCAAGGUCGGCGAUAGCUCCUUCAUUGGUGAUCGCCAGUCCUUUGAGAACCGCGACAAGCUGCAAGCGGAGGCGCUUCAGCAAGCCCAGCAAAUCCAACAGCAAGUGCAGGCGGAUGUCAACAGAAUGAUGCAGAAUCUGAACGAGGAGCUGCAGAGGACUCUGGGCAAUAUACGCUUCUAGAGAACGAAUUUUGGCAUUAAAAUAGUGCUGCAAUA